GAGUCUCUAGUUACCAAAGUACCUGUAUGGCUAUAUCAUUUCAUUGAUCCUAUGCCCUUAUGACAUCUGAAGUACAAAAGCUAAGAAGUCCUGAAGAAAGCCUGGGUGACGUUCAUACAGAACUACAGACACCACAAUCAAUAUGAAGGCAGUACUCCUGUUAAUCUCGCUUUGGGCUUUAUCUUGUGCUCAUCCUGUGCCUAGUCACCAAAAUGUCCAUUCUGGGAGCGCUGAAAAACAGAAGGACACAAUAAGUGAAGAAAGUCUGAAUGAGGUGGCAGAUUAUGAUGAUGAUGACAGCAGCCCUAAAAGCAGCGCAGAAACUGAAAGAGAUAAUUCAAAUGUUGAUGAACAUGAGGAUAUUGAUGAAGAAUACCACUACCCAUCUGUGGUUUCUAGCAGGAGUUCUGAAAGUCCAGGUGACAUUGAUGGAAACGAUGUUGAUGCAAGGAGCACUCAGGACUAUGAGGGUGAAGACAGUUUUAGAAAAAAGCAAGCUCAGCAUAAGACUUUGGCCAAUCAAAAGAAGUCGGCUGAUGAUGAUAUGGAAGAAGUAGCUGAAAAUAACCAUGGUGAUCAAUUAACUGAGAAAAAUUCCCUAGUGGAUGUAAAUGAGAUUCCUGUUAUUGACAGCAGUGACAAUGGAAAUCACUAUACGGGCAGCAAAGAAACUGAAGAAAGUGAUGGCAUUGAAAAUGGUUAUCUUUAUAAAUCCAAUGGAUUUGAUUCGAGCAAAGGGGAUGAGGAAAGAAAUUAUCUGAUAGAUGAGGAAGAUGACAGUGGUGAUGACAUUUUUGAUGAAAAUAAUGAGGAAGAUGUUCAUAGGGCAGACUCUAGAUUCACCAUUCAUCCCACUGGAGCAGAUGAGCAUAAUGAAGUUGCUCAUGGGGACCUAGAUGGUGACAACAGACAGCAGCAGCAGCAGAGCAGAGACCUUGAUCGGGAGGAUGCCAGUUGCAUUUCUGAUAGUAAUAGCGAUGGCAGGCAUUUCCACAGCAAAGGAAAUCAAGAUGACAGUGCCAGCAGUAGCCAAGAAGAGAGAUACAGUUUUGAUGAAGGAAUGCACGGUGAUGACCCAUCCAUCUUUGAGAGUGAGGGCAGCAAUUCAAAUAUGGUUCAUGGUACCCUUUAUUCCAAAGUAAGCAGCCAAGAAGCCAGUAGGGAGCAUGGUCAGAGCACACAGAAAAGCAGCAGAACAUCAGUGAAACAUUCCCAGAGCCACAUGUUUCAAAAUGGUGAUGCUACUUCAGAAGAGGAUGAUAGUGCAGAGGGCAAUGACAACCAAUCCAGGGAUGCAGAUGACACCAGCUCCAAAGAGGACAGCAAGUCCACAGAAGACAACAGUUGUUCUAAAGAAUAUGUUUCCAGCCACCCCAGGGAGGAUGUCACCAGCCAGUCAAAGGAAAAUGGCACCAGCUGGUCCAAUGAGGAUAUCUCCAGUCAAUCAAGUGAAAACAGUAGCGAAUCCCAAGAAGAAAAGGAAGAAAACUCCGAAGAUGUGGAAAGUAAAUCAAGUGAACACAGCGGUAGCAAGUCUAAAGAAGGACAGGAAGACAGAGACUCCCUUAAGGAUGACAGCAAGAUAUCAGUAAGUGACAGUGAAUCCACAGAAGACAAGAGGGAACAUGGCAAAUUAGAGAAGAGUAAAUCCACAGAGAGCAGCUUGGAAUCAGAAGAAGAUAAGGAUGGACCAUCCCACAGUAAAUCAGUUGAGAGCAAAAGUGCUUCAGAAGAGGGCAAUAGACGCAAAGAGAGCAAAGCCAGUGAUUUGGACCAAGUCAGUAAUUCGAAUGAAGAGGACAUCAGCUCUGAAGAACUGCAAGGCCAAGACAGUAAGUCUGUAGAAACAAAUGACAGUGAACCUAAACAAGACAAACAUAGUCAUUCUAGAGAAAGAGAUAGGGAAUCCAGAGAGCAUACUGCAAGUCAAUCAGCCAGCUAUGAAGAUGACAGUGUAUCGAGGAGCACUGAGAUUGAAAGCAGAAAGCUAAUCCUUGAUGUUUAUCACAACAAACCCAUUGGUGACUAUGAUGACAAUGACUGUCAGGAUGGAUAUUAAAAUGUAUAUGAAAACUCAAUUGUGGGGCAGGAAAGGAAAAAUCUUUUAAUUUAUUUACCAUGUAGACAAUAAGAAGAUCAGUUCUUUCUGAGAAAUAUUCUGUGAACAAUAAGGGCAUGAUGAUUUGGUAGGAUUUCACUAUUUCAGCUGGUGUUUGCCCAAUGUGAAAUCAAAUGAAAAAUGAUGCUUUAAAUAUGAAAAAGCUAAAUGUAAGUAAGAAGUUGAUUUAUUGUCCUAGAACUGAAGUAGUACAAAGAAGGGGAAAAUCUAUAUAUUGUUUAGAAGUGUUUGCAAACUAAAAUAAAAUCCCGUAUUCUUUAGUGAAGUUAAAUCUAGUAGAGUGAUGGUUUCCUAUAAUUCAGUAUGUUAUUUCCAUUAACAUUGUUAGGCAUGAUGUUUUUGAGCAUUAAGGAGGAAAUGGAUGUUUAACAUACAAGAUCCUUAAUUUAAAGUUUAUGUGGACUGUAAACACAUGAAUUUAAGUGCCACUACUCCAUGUAAUAAGCAAAGCAUAUGGUCACUGCAUAUAUACAUCUUGUGGAUUUCAAUUUAUUUUGUUAUUCAAUGUAUCUAUCACUUCAAUAGCAGUGUAUGUAAUAUUUUGUAAUAAAUGUACAAAAACCUA